AUGAAUCCAAGAAAUUUAUUUCGUUGGUUUUACGAUCAAAUAUGUCAUUACAAUCUUUUCGUACAUGAGAAUGAAACACACAUUAAUGACGAUGAUGAACCGGAAGAUCCAGCUAUUAUUCUUCAACAUCAAAUAUAUGCAACUUGGUUAUAUGUUGUUCUUCUCAGCGUGUUCCUUUAUAUUCUUUUCUUUGUUGCGAUGGUGAAACCACAAUCUCGAACAGUGAUCGUUUCAGAGAUAACUCCAUCGAUUUUCAACGAACUUUAUUUGAAACAUUCGGAAACUCUUUCAUGUCCAUGUUCGACAAUAACAAUUUCUUAUAAAACUUUUGUUUCGAAUACUAUCGCACUUCAUCCAGUUUGUUCAAGUUUCUUUGUUAGUCAACAAUGGAUUUCAGCUCUUUAUUUAACAAAUCCGAGUAUAUUUGGACCAGUAGAUUUUCGAACAACAGCAAAAUCUCAGUUCGAACUUCUGACCAGUCUUUGUUCAAUCUUUCAAGACACAAUUGACGAAAAUAAAAUGAAUCUUGACGAUAAUGAACUUGUUACUAUUGAUCUUAUUUCUGAAGACAAACUUCGAUCACAAGUAGAUGCCAAUAUUAAACUCUUUAGAAGUGAUAUAUCCACUGAAAUGGAUUCAUUUCUGAGUUACAUUAAAAUCACAACUCGAGCAAAUUAUCUCAUUUCAGCUCUUAAUACAAACGCAGUGAUUGGUGCCGUUGCCAAUGGAGAAAACUAUGUUAUUAAUAUAUUUCAAACGUUCGCUCGAAAUGACUCUGCUGAUGCUUCUGAUAUGGAUACUAUUACAACUUGCGGUAGUCAAAAUCUAAUUGAAUCAGCUGGUUUCUAUACGUUGCCAAGCAUUACACCAGAUGUUCCUAAAUACUAUUUCAGAUUACCGGACUAUGAUCCACUUGUGACAAUCAAUGGAUUCUUUUCAGGUUGUACUCCAUUUGAAAGUUUACUUCCAAGUACAUUUGAUUGUUUAUACGAUGUUAAAUGCCUUCAACUAUUAUCCGACUAUUUUCCGAUUCUUCAUCAAAUGCACUGCAAUUGGACCGAUUCUGUUCUAUCUUCGAAGCCAAAAAUGUCUUUGAACGAUUAUUUACUUGAUCUUUUCAUUGAAAAAUGGUCAACAGAAAUGAAUUAUUCAAUAUAUUUUGACGCAUGUGCUUGUCCAUUCUGCACAUACAUCACAACAGAUCAAACCAAUUUAUUAUAUGCAAUGACUCUGCUGAUUAGUCUUUACGGCGGUCUCACGAUUGUACUUCGAUCGAUUUCUUCAUUCUUGAUUAAAAUUGCAUGGAAAUUCAAACACCAUCGACGUCGCACUAGGAUUAAUUCAGAAUAUCGUACAACAUACAUACGAAAUUUGACUCAAGCAGCCAAACGAUUGAACUUGUUCAAGAAUAAUGAUCGUACAGAAGGGAGUAUUCGACAACAGAAGAUCAUCACACAUGUCUAUUUAAUCCUGUUCGAACUUCUGACCAGUCUUUGUUCAAUCUUUCAAGAUACAAUUGAUGAAAAUAAAAUAAAUCUUGACAAUAAUGAACUUGUUACUAUUAAUCUUAUUUCUGAAGACAAACUUCGAUCACAAAUAGAUGCCAAGAUUAAACUCUUUAGAAGUGGUAUAUCCACUGAAAUGAAUUCAUUUCUAAGUUACAUCAAAAUCACAACUCGAGCAAAUUAUCUCAUUUCAGCUCUUAAUACAAACGCAGUGAUUGGUGCCGUUGCCAAUGGUGAAAACUAUGUUAUUAAUAUAUUUCAAACGUUCGCUGAAAAUGACUCUGCUGAUGCUUCUGAUAUGGAUACUAUUACAACUUGCGGUAGUCAAAGUCUAAUGGAAUCAGCUGGUUUCUAUACGUUGCCAAACAUUACAUCGGAUGUUCCGAAAUACUUUUUCAGAUUAACUGAUUAUGAUCCACUUGUGAUAAUUAAUGGAUUCUUUUCAGGUUGUACGCCAUUUGAAAGUCUACUUCCAAGUACAUUUGAUUGUUUAUACGAUGUUAAAUGUCUUCAACUAUUAUCCGACUAUUUUCCAAUUCUUCAUCAAAUGCACUGCAAUUGGACCGAUUCUGUUCUAUCUUCAAAGUCAAAAAAUAUGUCUUUAAACGAUUAUUUACUUGAUCUUUUCAUUGAAAAAUGGUCAACAGAGAUGAAUUAUUCAGUAUAUUUUAACACAUGUGCGUGUCCGUUUUGCACAUACAUAACAACAGAUCAAACCAAUUUAUUAUAUGCAAUGACUCUUCUGAUUAGUCUUUAUGGUGGUCUCACUAUUGUACUUCGAUUGAUUUCUUCAUUCUUGAUUAAUAUUGCAUGGAAAUUCAAACACUAUCGAAGACGUACGAGGAUUAAUUCAGAAUAUCGUACAACAUACAUACGAAAUUUGAUUCAAGCAGUAAAACGAUUGAACUUGUUCAAGAAUAAUGAUCGUACAGAAGGGAGUAUUCGACAACAGAAGAUCAUCACAUAUGUUUAUUUAAUCUUAGUAACUGGAUCACUACUCAUACUUCUCGGUAUGUCUUUGAGGAGUCAGAUGACUUUGAUAUCCAUAUCAAAACCAUCAUUGAUCGUUUAUAAAGACUUACAGAAUUUAUAUAUCGAUACACUCAAUUGUCCUUGUUCGACAAUGAUAAUACCUUAUCGUACAUUUAUUAAUUUAUCUCCAAUAUUUCAUCAAGUGUGUUCAAGUGACAUUAUUAGCAAAUCUUUCAUUGCAAUCAUGACUUCUAUUUCAACUCAAGUGAUUUCUAUCGAUUGGUUGAAUCAAGCUGGUUUACAAUUUCAACUAUUAUCGGAUCUUUGUCAAAUGGCUAAUAAAACAAUUGAUGAUGCUGUUAACAACUUUUUCAUACAACAUUUUAUUACAUCAAAUUUACUUACUAAAGAUGAAUUCGAUGCACAAUUAAAUAUAACUCUUGAUCAAUUUAUUCAAUCCACGAAUAUCUAUUUUGGUCUACUUGUUAACACAAUACGACUUCUUAUGCAAGUUGAUCAACCUUAUAUGGGAGUUAUGGGACUUCUUCAAACAGUCAAUACAAAUCUGAUCAUAGAUACCAUCGCAAAUGGAACAUAUGGGCAGCAACCAAUAAAAUUAAAAUUUUCUUUGACUGGAACUCGUGAUAUGAAUUCAACAAAUGUCAAUUGUAUUUGUGCUACUAAUCCUCAUUGUCAGAAUCCAAUCGCCAUUUACGAUGUUGAUAUAAAAUUGGAUGGAAGUUACACUUUUCAUAUCGCUUAUACGGUACCAGGUUUCGUUCAAGGAUGUUUUGCUAUUGAUUCUCUUCUACUUUCAACACUCGAAUGUUUUUAUACCAAUUCGAAUUGUUUAUCAAUUAUAAAAAGUUACAUAAGAGAUGCUUAUAUUCAAACUACUACAUAUCCAUUAGAAUUUGAUAUUCAUCCUCUUAUUUAUGAUCCAAUCGUUGAUCGUUUUGCUCCAAAUAUUUCAAUUGAAAUGAUAGUUAAACACAUGAUGAUUGAAAGAUGGAAUAUAUCGAUUUCAUACGAUAAUUAUUAUGAAAUAUGUGCACCGGAUUCUUGUACUUAUUCUUAUUCAAUUCGGACGAAGACAGUUAUUGGCGUCAUGAUUACAUUAUUAUCCAUGUUAGGUGGUCUUACUGUUUCAUUACGUCUAAUUACACCUCAACUCGUCAAAUUUGUCUUUCGUUUAUUUAAAUUUAGUAAUAACAGACAACAUCCAUCAAAUAAUCGUUCACCAGUUCGUGUGGUAUGGCAUGGUCGAUGGAGAACAAUGAAACGACAGUUGAGAACACUUUUAUAUACUACAGUGAUCGAUCUGAACAUUUUCUCUCUACGACAUUUUGGAAGUCGAGUUGAUCGAACGAGAGCAAAACAUCUUGGUCAGUGGGCUACUCGUCUUUACAUUCUCCUAUUAACCAUUUGUCUCACUAUUCUCAUUCUAUAUGGUGUUGUGCAACCUGAAACGAUGAAAGAAACGCUUAAUAAACCAUCGUUAGGUUCAUACAAUCGUCUUCAAGAGAAAUAUGGAAAUAACUUAAAAUGUCCUUGUUCAUUGAUUGCAUCAACAUACGAUCAUUAUGUCGCUAUUAAACCACGUUUUCAUCAGAUUUGUUCGAGUCCAUUUAUUUCGAAUGAAUGGCGAAAUAAUUUAACGAUGAAUCUUGUUGCUGAUCUUUCCGUUUACGAUUUGAAAGAUUAUCGUCGUUUUCUCUCAGCUCAUUUACAAUAUUUAACUGGAUUAUGUGAACUUUCUAAUCAAUCAGUGAAUACUCCUAUUGAACAGUUUCUUUCUUCACUCUUGAUUACAAAUGAACUUCAAACAGAAAUCUCUUUCCGUGCACAUAUUAAUUCAUCAAUUGAACAAAGUAAAUCCAACGCUCCGAGAACAUUUACUCGUCUUUUCAACUUAGUUCGUUAUGUAAAUCAUGGUAAUGCCAUUGUAUCUACUUAUGGAACCAAUUUCGAAUAUAUUGCUCCUUAUGAUCAAAUUGACGAUUAUUUUGCAUACACUUAUGGUAUGAUCUAUGAUGAUAAUUGUUCUUGUGCAUCAUAUUUGAAUUGUACAAGUCAAGCAAAUUUUAUGGAAACAAACUCUUCUGAAACGUUCUCAAUUAAAGGCCUUAAAAUCGGAUGUACACCAAGUGAAUCAUUUCUUUUAUCGACUCUGGAAUGUUUUUAUGAUUCUUUAUGUAUUGAUUUUAUUCAACAAUAUACGAAUUAUAUCAAUUCCUCGACUCCUCUUUCAGCAACGAUGAGUAGAUUCUCUAUAAAUACGACAAUUUCUGUACUGAUGAAAAAUCUCUUUAUUGAAGAAUGGAUAACAUCAAUUAAUUAUUCAUCCUAUUUUGAACAAUGUUUUCCUUUGUUUUGUUCGUAUACUUAUAUUCGACGAUUCAGUUUACUUUAUGCAAUAACUUUUGUACUCGGUAUUCAAGGUGGUCUUACAAUUAUUCUCAAAUGGAUUUGUCCUCAAAUAGUUCGAAUUGUAUUCAAAAUUAAUUAUUAUCGAAACAGUCGACGAAACAUUGUUCAAUCCAUAAACACAACGCGUAUAACGACAAUCGGAUCUACAAAUACAGUCAUUACUAAUCGUACUUUCGAAGCAGAAUUCAUUUCACGAAAUGUCACAUCUCAAGUCCAUUUUCAUAGGCCUCUUCGACGUUUUGUCAAAAUGUUCUCAAUAUUUUCAGUAGUGUUGUUCGUCUCGUUGGCUCUUAUUAUGUUUUCUAUUUAUUUUGCUCGAUCUCAAAGUGAUGAAAUUAUUCGAACAGUUUCCCCAACAAAUACGACAAAUUAUGCAUAUGGAACAAUGAUAACAAGUAUAUCAGAAAGUACAGCAACAUUAGCUUUUACAACAACAACAGAUAAUUGGCAAUACGGCCCACGUCUCCCGACUGCGAUUGACUUCAAUAAUGACGGAAUCCUCGAUCUAGUUUUUAUUGGUUAUCAUAGUUUAAGAAUCACUUUUGGAAACGGUAAUGGAACUUUUCAAGGACAAACAAUUCUUUUAACAAUAUCAGAAGGUUUAUACAUAGUUGCUUUCGCUAUGGGCGAUUUCAAUAAAGAUGGUCGACUCGACGUAGCAGUUAUCAACAGUGAUCAGACUUCUAUAAAUGUUCUCCUUANAUGA